UCUCUCAUGGUGCCAGUUGCAGCUUUCUAUCUUUCGGUGCAUUCUUCAAAUAAUCUCCAUUUGCUGAUCGGCAACGAAGCUAGGCACCAUAGGAGCCCCUUGUAGGAGGUUCUAAUGCAAGUAUGUCGCUACACUCUCCAACCUUCUCUAACUCGUCUUUUGAAUCUGAAGCGAACUCCGUUGUCAACAGAGUUGUUACAACUGUGUCAGCGAGUCUUUCAAUUUUGGGAACUUCUCUGAUCAUAAUCACAUUCAUCGCAUGGAAAGACUUGAGAUCGACUUCCAGAAAGAUACUCGUGUUUAUUUCCAUUGGCGAUUUCUUUAUUGCUGGAGGUAAUUUGUGGGGAGUAUGGCUGGCUCGAAAUGAUCACACUACCAUACCAUGCAAAGCUCAGAGUUUUGUCACAACUUGUGCUUCUCUCUGGUCAUUUUUUUGGACGACUUUUCUAUCCAUAUUUAUGUACACUGCUGUGGCAAGAAGGCAGGCUGAAAAAGCUGACAAGAUGCUUAGAUAUUUCCACAUUUUUGGUUGGGGUAUUCCGUUAAUAAUAACAGGUAUUGCCUUUGGAGAGAAUAAGUUAGGGAACGAUUAUGAUUUCUACAGUGCGGGCUGGUGUUGGAUCAGUGGCAAUUUGACGACCAGGGAGAAGCAAAUAUGGAUGUUACUCACAGGCAAAGCGUGGGAAAUGGCUGCAUAUGUUCUCAUUUCUACAUUUUUUUGGGGUUUAAAGUAUCAUAUUCGUAAGGAGGUCUAUCAUCGAAAAAAGCAGUUCACAUCUCUUCAGAACAAAGAAUCAGCUAUUAAAGCAGAGAGAAGGCUGACAAUGCUACCCAUCAUUUUUAUUCUGGUGCGUAUUUGGGGUACAAUUCGCUUCAUCAUUUAUUUGUUAGACAACCAAAUCACUGCUGCAGCUUUGAAGUCAGAUUGGGAAAAAGCUCUUCUUUAUCUUCAGGGAAUUGGUGACAGCAGCCAAGGAUUGGCAAACUUCUUGCUAUUUUGUCUUUUCACUGAAAAAUUCAGAGGUCGUCUGAAACUUGCUGCUAAGGAAUGUCUUCAGUGUUGCAAAUCUCCAUCAGGUGAUCCACCCCCAAGGAUGGACAGAUCUGGGGAGUUUCAAAAUGACCACAGAACAUUGAUCAAUGAAAGCUCAAAUCUUCUAGCAAGCACCAGCACAUCUGUAGAGCAAGGACCAUAAAUUCCAUCUGCAAAGGACCCCAAGGAACUGCUGAGCUUUCCUCAGCCAAUGAAGAACAAUCAUAGGACAUUCUCUGUUAAACCAUUAUGGACUUCAUCAUAAUUAGGACUUUUUUUAGCAGGGCACGAGUCCUACAGGACAUUAACUUUUGUCCAUGGGUCAACUUUACCUUAAAUUUAUGAAAUAUUUUUAGAACUGUGUUGGCCAGGUUCUGAGGGUCACGGGAAUUAUUCCAAGAGCACCAUAAGUAUUGUUGGAGGUGCUGUGGCCUUAUGAUUAGAGCACUCAGCUUCAGUUUGAGUGGUUGGAGUUCAAGCCCUGGCCGGAGACAUUUUUGUGUUGAGUUCUUAGGCAAAACACUACUCUCACAGUGCCUCAUUUCACCCAGGUGUUUAAACGGGUACCCACAAAUUUAAUGCUAGGGGUGACCCCACAAUGGACUAGCAUCCCAUCCAAGAGGGAGUAGAAAUACCCCUAGUCACAUCAUGCUGUGGAAAUUGCAGUUAAGAGCAGGUCUGAUGGGACACUUGGCUCACAAACAGACUUUAUUUUAUAGAAAGUAUUGCCUUAAACAAUACAAUACAAUAUUCUUUAUUUAACAAAGGUGACGUAAUUAACCCAAUGAGUUAUCUAACUUACGGCC